AGCCGUGAAUCCCGAUAUUGAUUCCCAUAUAGACAGAAAUAUGAUUUGAGCGGACAAAUACGACCAACCAUCGAUAGCUAGACAGCUAAAAAAAACAUCGAAAGAGAGCCGCAUGCAACCGUGUCGUGGAGGCGGCGUUUUCGUUGUUGUGCCAAAACAAUAAGCAGCCAGCAAAAUAUCAGCACUCCCAUCGGCCAGCGAAGAUAACGGCUAGGAAAAGGCUAUCGGAAAUUAGGACUCACCCACCAGAGCCCGGCAAUCAGAAUCCAGAACACAAACAACGCUCUUCCCCACCCCCAACACAGAUAAGCACAGAAGGCAGCGGCAAUGAAAAUCACAGUGACCACCAGCGAUGACAAGGUCUUCUGCCUGGACGUGUCCCAGGAUCUGGAGCUGGAGAAUCUCAAAGCCCUUUGCGCGAUGGAGAUCGGUGCGGAAGUGGCUCAGUUAGUCGUUAUAUUUAACGGGCGGGAGCUUUCCAACGACAAACAGUCUCUGCAACAAUGCGGCGUCGGCGAUGGCGACUUCAUCAUGCUGGAACGACGCAGGAGCGCCAAUCGCUCAGGGACCGCAAAUCCGGCGAUCAGCACCCUGGACUUCAGUAGCAUCGCAGUGCCGGGGACGAGUUCCGGUGGAAGUCCUCCCUCGCGGAAUGCCCAGCAGCAGGGAGUGCAGCAGCCACAGUUCGCCAACCUCACAGACAUCCCCAUGACCGAUGAGUUCAAUGUAAACUUCGAUGACGAUCCAGCAACGGUGCGGCAGAUGUUUCUUUCAAGUCCCGAGACGCUGGCGCUGAUGCGGCAGUACAAUCCUCGUCUGGCCGAGGCCCUCGAUUCCGGCGACCAGGAGACGUUCGCCCGUCUGCUCCGCGAGCAUAUUACGGAGCGGAAACGGCGCAAUGAGCACCGCAUGCGAAUGCUGAACGCUGAUCCCUUUGACGAGGAGACGCAACGUCUGAUUGCCGAGGAGAUCAAACAAAAGAACAUUCAGGAUAAUAUGGCAGCGGCCAUUGAAUACAAUCCAGAAAUUUUUGGCACGGUCACCAUGCUUUAUAUCAACUGCAAAGUGAAUGGAACACCGGUUAAAGCCUUUGUGGACUCGGGCGCCCAGACCACCAUUAUGAGCAAGGAUUGCGCUGAGCGCUGCCACGUCAACCGACUGAUCGACACGCGUUGGAACGGCGUGGCCAAAGGUGUGGGCACACAGCCCAUUCUGGGCAGAAUUCACAUGGUGCAGCUGCAGAUCGAGAACGAUCAUCUCACUUCCAGCUUCACGGUGCUGGGUCAGCAGCCCAUGGACAUGCUGCUCGGUUUGGACAUGCUUAAGCGCCACCAGUGCCUCAUUGACUUGCAGCGGAAUCUGUUGAUUAUCGGCACCACCGGGACGACGACGCCGUUCCUACCGGAGAGCGAGUUGCCGGUGAGCGCUCGGCUUACGGGAAACUCGGAGGAAUCCAUGGAGCAGGAGGCCAUCGCCAAUGCCAUCGAGCAGAGCAAGCGCGAAAGCGGCGGUGCCGGCGGUGGACCCAAUACGAUUCAGCCGCUGGACCAAUUCACAGAACAGGACGUAACCGAUCUCAUGGCCCUCGGGUAUCCGCGCAGCGAUGUGCUCACCGUGCUGCGCCUUUGCGGCGGCAACAAGCAGGCGGCCAGCUCUGUGCUGCUCAACCGCAACGCCGCCGCCUCGGGAGCCGAACUCAGCUGAACACGGCUAGAUCCCCAACACACACCACCUCAAGCCGAACACCCCCGCAGACAGAAACGGAUUGCAAUAGGAUGAUGAACAUAUACAGGACCAGGACCCUCACAACUGGAUGGCGUUCCAAAGUAAUACUCCGAGCAAUACCAAAAAUACGCAACGCCGCAUAUAAAGUCAAGUAUCAAACAGUAAGAGGUCAACACAACAAUGAAAAGCAAUGAUAACAGAAACGAAAACCUUUCUAAUUUAGUGAAAUUUUUGUAAACUGAAGCCACUUUUUUAUACGAAUCGUUUGUUACGAUGUACAAUAGCUAAUUAGGAUGCAUUUCCAGCAGCGGAUCACUUUUAAAGCAGAACAAGGGUUGGUUUUUUCUAGAAAAUAUUGAGAGGAGAAAUGGUAGGCGAUUUAAUCUUUAAAACUAAGACAAAAGUAACGAUUGUAGUGGAUGGAAAAUUUAAAGGUGAUGGAACCAAACCUCAUCAACGAAACACAUUAACCGUAUUACAAAAUACAAGCAAAAAACGGAAAAAAUAACGCCUGACUAUUAAAAUAUAUUACAAUUGCAUACAUAUUACAAAUUAUACACAAUUUGAACUAGUAUUAAGGCUCGUUCGAGCAAAACUGAAUCGGGUUCAAUAAAAGGUCGAAAGUAUUGUUUUGGAUUUAAAAAAAAGGAAA